GGUAGGAAACCCUGGUGAAUCCAUGACACGAGUGCCUUUCCGGGCCGUGCAGUUGCCAGCCGGCCUCGUGGGGGACGCUUCACACGUGCGAAGUGCGAGUUGUGAGCGCAAAAGUAUGCUUGGCGGACAUGCACGCACACAACCGGACAUCACGUCUCUCGCGAAAAGGCAGCGUUUCUCGCGCGACGAGCCGGCUAGGGGUACAUGUGCGUAUGGGGAUUGCGCAGUUACCGGAUUCAGAGAAUGGUCGCACGUAAAAGGAAGGAAGGAUGAGGAAGACCAAGAGUUUGGUCGCAAGGAGCGUUCAUGGCAGGCUCCUGCGACUUUAGGACCCCCAUGAUGGAUUGGAAUGCGCACUGCACACGAUGACAUUCUGGAAGGACCCGUCGUGACGGGUGCAUGCAGUAGGAUGAUCGCUGCCGGGCGAAAUGGCCAGGGAAGCUGUCGCUGGGCUGCAGUGGGUACCAUGGCCAUCGGCGGAAUGAUUAUGUGCAUAUUUACUUGCCUGACUUUGGGAGAUGCUGACGGCGCCG